CCGGGGCUGCCCCCCAGCUGUGCCGGAAUCUCACUUCCUCCCUGGCCCGGCCGCGUGGGUCUGUCGCAAUGGGCAGGACACGCCCGUGGUGCCCAAUCCCCGCGGGGGGGCGGCUCCCGGGUCCGACAGCCCCCCCCCCCCCCCCCCACACAGCACAGCGGGAUCGAGCCCCACACGGCAUGGGGGGCCCAGGCAGCCUCCUCCUCCUCCUCCCCCUCCUGCUGGGGGGCGCUGAGUCACGGUCGCACUCCCUGCAAUACUUCCUGACGGCCGUCUCGGAGCCCGGCCCGGGGGUGCCCGAGUUCACCGUGGCCGGCUACGUGGACGGGCAGCGGUUCGUGGAGUAUGACGGCGAGGCCCAGCAGAUGCGGCCCCGGGCGCCCUGGAUGCAGGCGGCCCAGCCCGAGGUCUGGGAGCAGGAGAACCGCGUCCACAAGGUGCGACAGGCCUGCUUCCGGGGCAAGGUGCGGACCCACCUUCACCUCUACAACCAGAGCAGGGGCUUCCACAUCUUCCAGUACGCCUACGGCUGCGAGAUCCGGGCCGACGGCAGCACCGGGGGCUUCCGGCGCUUUGGCUUCGACGGGGGCGACUUCCUGAUCUACGACGCCGCCCGGCACCGCUGGGAAGCUCCCGCCCGGGAGGCCGAGGCCACCCAGCGCCGGUGGAAUGGGGACCCGGUCGCCCUGCAGUAUUAUCGGCACUUCCUGGAGCGGGAGUGCGGCGAGGCCCUGCACCGCUACCUGCAGCUCGGGCAGGGGGCGCUGGCCAGGCGGGAGCACCCGGUUGUGCGGGUCACCAGCAGAGACACCCCCGGCGGCCCCACCACCCUCUCCUGCCGGGCCCACGGCUUCUACCCCCGGGACAUCGCCGUGAGCUGGCUGAGACACGGGGGGAGCAGCGAGCAGGGGCCGCGGCGAGGGGGGGUCCUGCCCAACGGGGACGGGACCUACCACGCCUGGGCCACGGUGGAGAUCGACCCCCGGGAGAGAGGCCUGUACCGCUGCCGUGUGGAGCACGAGAGCCUGGCUAACCCGCUCGUCGCCGUGUGGGAGCCACCAUCCGACUCGCGGCUGGUCCUGGUGGUGGCGGGCGCGAUCCUGGCCCUGGGGGCGGUCGCCGUGCUGGUCGGCCUGGCCUGGAGGAGGAGGCAGUCAGGGCCCAAGGCGGAUCUGUACUCGCCGGCACUGGCCAGCGAGCAUGGAUCGGACAGCUCCAUCACCGCUCUAACGUAGCCGGUCGGAGCCGGAGGAGAAUCCAGACUGUGAAGACACGGACUGACUGAUCCCCACCUCUCCUCAGCGUUAUCUCCCUGUUACUCCUUGCGUAGGGCCUCGGAGCUGUGCCUGGUGCUUUGGUGAACGGCCCCACGUCUCCUGAACCUCCAGCCUCCCUGGGACCCACUGCCGGGGGGCUGCCUGCCCUAUGCUCUGCGUGUCGGCCACGGGACGCAAACUGGCCAGCCCUGAUGGGCACGGCCAGCCCCAUUCACUGCACGGUUUAUUUAGUGUGUAAGCCCCUCGGGGCAGGGACCACGGCCUCCGUAUCUCUGGGGUGCAAGGGUUCUUCACAUGGAAAAAUCUCAAUUUUGGGCCAAAAACUGAACUUUUGGUUGAAAACCACAAAAUUCCAUGCAGCGAAGCUGCCGCAGUGCCUCGUGGGAGCUGGACUUCGGGUGCCCUGUGCUCCCUCGGUGCAGCAUGGGAGUCCCUGCUGGUAGGAUCAGCGUGGUCUGGGAGCCAGGACUCCUGGGUCCUAUUCCCAGCUCUGCUGCUGGCUCGCUGCGUGAUUCCCACCCCUGUUCUGUGCCUCGGUUUCCCCUUCUUGAAAAUAGGGUGUCACGGAGUCCCUGGGUGAUGCUCUGGAACUGCUCCCCAUGAAGUCAGUCAGGACUCUGGGGUAGUCGCCUUUCUGUGAGCAGCCUGUCUUCAGGACACACAGCUCACACAGCUUCCACCUUCCUGGGUCUGACCUCGGAGCAUUCAGCAUCCUCUGCCUCUCCGUGCGCUUCCCCCAGCGAGUCCGCUCAGGCGGGGCUCCUGGGGAAGCCAGAGGGUCCUGCACCCCAACUUCGCAGUCAGACGUGACUCUCAGCCAGCCAGUAAAA